AUGUCAAAUCUGACGCGAACAGCCGACUACCUGGCCGACGAACUCGAAAAGCUCGGUUUCGUCAUCAUGAGCGAAAAAGGAGGCCGAGGGCUUCCGCUAGUUGCAUUCCGGUUCCCCGAAGAUGAGGACCGGCUGUACGACGAGUAUGCCCUGGCUCAUUCACUUCGCCAGCGAGGAUGGGUCAUCCCAGCGUAUACUAUGGCACCGCACAGCAACCAGCUGAAGAUGAUGCGGAUUGUCCUGCGCGAGGAUUUCAGCCUCCACCGAUGUAACCUGUUAAUUGAGGAUUUCAAAAUGUCCAUCAAGGCAUUGGACGAAAUGGAUGAGUCAAUGAUCGAUCGGAUUAGCAAGUAA